AUGUCAACAACAAUCGUUAAGCCAUGGUUCAAAAAAUACAAGCCAGUUGAUGAAUGGCAAUACUUGAAAGUGAAAAUUUGGUCAGACGAAACACUUGAUACUGAAAUCACGGAACUUUCUUUUAGAAUGAGCAUACAGCAGGCAUUAGAGUUUGUUUUUGGACAAGUUGGUGCUUCUUGCUAUGUUAAUGUUUUGGGCUGGAACCAAUAUCAUAACGAAGGAGUGAUCAAGAUCAAGCAAAGUGAAUUGACAACAGUUUGGUCUGCUUUAGUAAGUUACCAGUUUGAGAUGGGAGCCAAGCUUUGCGCCAUGGAUGUUGUUUCUUCGUCAGCUCAAUUGAUUAGUCUAGCAGAACACUAGAAAGCUUUGCUUUAUACCAUCAACCAUGUCACAUGAUCUCCUCAACGUCCCUUUUUUGGAAAUAAAAGAAUUCAACAUUUAUUGGCACACAGUAUAAGAUCAAUAACCAUUCUUUUGCUUCUGAU